AUGCUUCCAGAGGCUUCCCGCGUGGGUGCUGCGGCCUGGACGAAAGUCAGGCCACUGCGGGCGGCCGUGAUGAUUUGCGGGAUUCUCCGUGAGGCACGGCCGAGCCGCGGGAGGCGCAGCCAGUCUAGAUCUGCGCGAAGGCGGCUGGGCAACCUCCGGGAAGGUUCCAAGACACGAGGGCUGCUCUCCAACCUUUUCCCACGCUCAGUUCUAAAGGGAGAUGGACGAGAACUAGAGGCUGCAGUUUCGGCGGCGACUUCGGUGACUUCGCUGUGUUCGUUUGUGUUGGUGGUUGUUGAGUGGGAGUGUGCUUGCCCCACCUCUGCCCAAAGGCAAAAGCAGGGUCUCUACAGCUGGGUUCAAGAUAAAGAAGUCACUUCGUCUUGGAGCUCUUUUCCUCGAAAAACAAGACUUUCCCAGAAGGGAACUCCAGGACCAGAGCCACACAACUACUCGGGUUUAACCCGCUACCCUCCGGGAGAGCUCACCCGUGGCGUGGUGGGGCCUUCCUGGUACAAUUGUCCCCUCCGCCUAAGGUUGUUCUACUUUGUCCGCGGGGAGGCGGACUCAGUGAAGGAAGUCAGGGGCCCAGAUCCCUUGCUGUGCUUUCUCUGAGGAAACCCUACAAG